UAUAGUUCCUCCAUCUUCUUUGCGAUAAUAAUCCGAGGGCGGAGAGAGAAGUGGCUGCAAAAGACCAACAGGGCCGGCUUCCCAAAAGUGGCAGACAGCAUACAGCUUUGGGCCUCUGAAAUACCAAGAGUCGGAUAAACAUGUGCCUUCCUGGUACUGAAUCUCGAGGAAUUAUAAAUGGUCACGACCCUCUGAUUCCGAAGCUAGAUGGAGGAGGAGACUAUAACAAUGAAGAAGAGUACAUGACAAUGAGGUCAGAUAGAAGCGAAGGUGGCCGCAGCAGCAGCACUAGCUUCGUACAAAACCUCCGUCAACGGCUACAGCAGCAGCUUCCCACAAAUGGGCUUCUCGGACGGCUGCCACUAACCGAGAUAGGAGAAGAGUUACGGUCGCUGAUAAAGAUUGGAGGUCCAAUAGUGAUAACAUCCCUACUUAUAUAUUCAAGGUCUGUAAUUUCAAUGCUCUUCUUAGGUCGUCUUGGAAAAGCAGAGUUGGCCGGAGGCUCAUUAGCACUUGGGUUUGGGAAUAUUACAGGCAUCUCAAUCCUCAGAGGGCUAUGUACUGGUAUGGACCCAAUCUGUUGCCAAGCUUAUGGAGCUCAAAGAUGGACAGUUCUCAGCCAAACCUUCCAGAAAACCCUUUGUCUCCUUCUAUUAGUUUCCAUACCCAUCUCAUUCGCUUGGCUCAAUAUUGAGCCAAUUUUCCUAUGGUUAGGUCAAGACCCACAGAUUACAAGAGUUGCUAGGGUUUACAUGGUUUGCUCAAUCCCUGAAUUGCUAGCUCAAGCUCACCUCAACCCAUUGAGAGUCUUCUUAAGAACUCAAGGCCUUACCGCCCCACUUACUUUAGCUGCAUGUUUCUCGGCCCUCAUGCACUUACCCAUCAACUAUUUUUUAGUCUCUUACUUGAAUUUGGGGGUGGAAGGUGUUGCUUUGGGACUUGCUUGGAACACUUGGAAUUUGAAUGUGGGAUUGGUGAUUUAUCUAGCUAUCUCAAAUAGAGCAUUGAAACCUUGGAGUGGGCUCACAAUUGUCUCUACAUUUCAAGGAUGGAGACCGUUGCUAAGUUUAGCACUACCCAGUUGCGUUUCAGUGUGCUUGGAAUGGUGGUGGUAUGAAAUUAUGUUGUUCCUCUGUGGCAUUUUGAGUAACCCACAAGCUAGUGUUGCAGCAAUGGGUAUCCUAAUUCAAACAACCGGAAUGUUAUACAUCUUUCCAAUUUCGUUAAGUGCCGCCUUGUCAACUAGGGUUGGACAUUCCUUGGGGGCGGGCCAACCCAGCCGAGCCCGAUGGGCUGCCCUAAUCGGUCUUCUUGUCGCGUUUGCUUUUGGGCUCUUCGCAUUUGUUUUCAUGACUUCUGUGAGAAAUGUGUGGGGGACUAUGUUCACAAAUGAACCACAAAUUCUUGAACUGAUUUCAACGGCACUUCCAAUCUUGGGGCUAUGUGAACUUGGCAACACUCCUCAAACAGCUGCAUGUGGAGUCUUGACAGGUACUGCACGACCUAAGCUUGGAGCGAGAAUUAACUUGUAUUCAUUUUACCUUAUUGGAUUGCCAGUUGCUAUUAUUGCAACUUUUACAUAUGAAGUUGGGUUUUUGGGGCUGUGGCUUGGGUUACUAUCAGCACAGGCUUCUUGUGUUUGUAUGAUGGUGUACACACUGGUUCACACAGAUUGGAAGCACCAAACUAGAAGAGCUGAGGAGCUUACUCUGGCUGUAGUAGAGACUAAUAUUGAAGAGAACGAUGAUGAAGAAAGUGGCCCGCUAACUCCUUCUAUCUCUGAGCUGACAUGACCCAAAUUUCAGAGGAUAAUUUACAUAGUUAACCAAGUACAAAUUAGUCUUUCGGUCAAGAAAUCGCAAUUUUUUUUUGUUUACGGCAUUGGAAAGAAAAGAAAAAAUUCAAAUUACUUGGUCAUUAUUUUAUCAAUGU